GUUUCAUUCAUUCGAUUUCAGUAAAGUGAUUGCGGAUAUUUUCGCAAUAGCAAUUUUUAGUUAUUUUAAUAUCGUAUUUAAGGCUUUUAAUGAAUUGAAAAGUAUUGUUUCACUCUGAUAUAUAAGAACAAGAAAAUGAAUAAAUUUAUUCUUAAUUAGAACUGGUUAAAAACUGCCAUCAAGUAGACAGUGCAGAGCUUUCGACCCGCAACAACACGUACAUAGUGCAAAAUGUUUGCGAGUCUGAAAAGCAAAAUUAAAGAGGAGACUGGGAGUGAUUUAAGCAGAUUGACAAGCAGCUGGAGGAGUGGUGCCUUUUUAGGACGCAUGAGUCUUCGAGAUGAUACCUCUACAGCCAGCCCAUCAAGUUCUGGUGGGCCUGCUGAAUCCUCUUCAGAUUCACUAUCACCACAGUUAGAGUCAUACUUGACGGAGCGUACAGGUGGUCAUAUAGAUCAAACAACCCUCCAGCAGCAGUAUUCUGGGCAGUUGGAGGAUAAACUGCGAGAGAGAGAUGCUUACUGGCAACAAAAAUUAGAAGAACUGAAGAAUUCCCUUUCUUCUGUUCAAGGCGAAGAAGCGGCAGCAGCCCAAGCUGUAGCUCGAGCAGCUCAAGCAGAAGCGGCGAAAGCGGCCAGUGAGCGAGAUGCAGCCGAGAAACAAGUGAACGAACUACGUGGACGAGUUGCUGCACUCGAGCGUGCGCAGGAUAGGCUCGAUACUCUCACGGAGGAGCUAGAACAGGCGCGUCGCGAAUGGGCGCGGGAACGUAGCGAGUUGGCAGCAUCUGUUAGCACGUGGGAGGGUCGCUCGCGGGAUUUAGCUGAUGAAGUAGCGUUAGUGAGAGCUGCUUUGCCGCCUUCAGAACCAUUGCAUCGCGUUCACGAAGACGACAAACACUCUCUGACCCCCACCGGAUGUGAGGAUUACGACCGCGUGUGUCGUGAACGCGCCGUCCUCUCUCGACAGUUACAGGAGGCCAAGAUGGCGUUGGCCGACGUUAAAACAUCCUGGAGUGGACAGAUUGCCUCACUAGAAACCCAGGUGGCGCGACUAUCGCGACAAGCUGGGGAGGAGGGGGCAGAAAGAAGGAGAGUGGAAACGGAAAAGAGAGAGAUGCAAGAGAAACUUAUCAAUAUGGUCACUGAACUAGAAAAGACUAAACAGAACCUCAUCAAUAGUGAAGCUAAGGAGAAAAAUAUGGAGCUACAGAGUCGUAUAGAAGCACUGACGGAGGAAAAUAAAGAGUUGUCAGCGGCAUUGGAAAGGGAACGCGAGCUCGUGUCGGCCCUCAAGGAAAAGGUGGAAUUGUCGGGGCGGUGCUGUGACGAACAGUCGGCGGAGGUGAAUCAUCUCAACUCCCUCGUCACCGAUAUGCAACACGACUACGUCGACAUGCAACGGAAGUAUGACAAAGAGAAACGUGAGAAAGAUGAGGCGUUAUUAAGAAACGCCCACAUGUCGCAGACUAUAGAGAUGAGCCAGUGCAACGUACGAUACCAGGAGGUGGAGAUAAACGAGCUCAAAACUAAAAUAACAGAACUCAACUCCCUUAUAGCUCAACACAAGGAGAACCAAGCGGCUUGUAUGCUAAUAAAGCAAAACGAAGAGGCAAAUAAGGCUGAAAUAGAAGAAUUGAAGAAACGAAUAGAAGAACUCGGCGAAAACGAAGCAGCUCUAAAGAAAACGAUACAAGACUUAGAAACUGAAAUCUGUGAUAAAAAUAAGAAAAUAAAAACACUAGAUAACCGAAUAUCCGACAUGAAAAAGACGUUACAACGUGAACUUCAAAGUAGUAAAUCAGAUUUGACGACUGCGGAAGAACAAGAUAUAAGUAGAAGGUAUCUGAAGCACGUGGUGUUGCGUUUCCUAACUGCGCGUGAGUUAGAAGCGCGUCAGUUAACGCGCGCGUUAUCAACACUGCUGAGACUGUCCGCACACGAGGAGGCGUUACUUAGAGCCGCGCUACCUCCACGUACGGGACUCGCCGCCUGGUUCCCAUCACUCAACACCUGA